GCGACCAACGAGGCGAGGGAAAGAGAGGCCCUUCCGGCACGGCCAGGAGAGUGGCGCCUCCCGCUAACCCCCGAGCUCGUCGGCUCCCAAACGUCAGUCCUCCUGCGGGCCAGCGAGAAUAAGGGACGCGUCUGCCCGGAAAUCGCGAAGAACAGGGAGGGCGUGUAGAGCGGCAUACUCUUUAUCCCUUCCUGCGCAGCCCCCGCCCCCGGGAGCGGAAAGAACGUGAGAGUGCCUGAGUCCCCGGAAGAAGACCCGGAAGGAGUUGUGAGCAGUGCGGAAGAGCUCUGUCCGGGUGGUCUCCGCAGCUCACUGUCCCGGAGUGAUAAGGGUGAGGACGGAAUCGUGAUUGUAAGCAGCUAGGUUCCGGGUUCGGAGCCAGAAGCGGAGACUGGGCCCGACCUAGUUGCUGUAACGGGGGAUUUCUUCUCGUCGUUCCCCGAAGCUGGAGGCUCUGGAGAGAAGGGGGCACCGGGAAAGAGAUGGAAGGAAGCCAUUCAGUUCAGUAAUAGUUCAUAAACAUCUGUUAAGCACCUACUAUGUGCCAGGCGCUGUGGUAAGCGCUGGGAUACAAAAGAGGCAAAAGGACAGUGCCUGCCCUCAAGGAGCUUACAGUCGAAAGGGCCUGGGAGCAGAGCCAGGGAUGGGCCCUUGAUGAGCCAAGAUGUGCGCAGGCACACUGCCCCUCUACCUCUCCUGAGGCCAGAGCCUCGGUGUCCACUGCGUUGGGACGGUCCAGCAUCAAAUCAAACACAAGGGAUGCAAAGUUCCCUCUUCCCGCCUUCCUCCACCUCUUUCCUGGGUCUCCAUAAAGAACAUUUUCUUCUUUGGUGGAAUGUGAAGCUCACAUUGGCCUAUUCGUGGGUCCAGUUUGCUAGUACUGGGACUUCAUAACACAAUGACUCAAGCAGAAAUUAAACUAUGUUCCUUGCUGCUCCAAGAGCAUUUUGGAGAGAUAGUGGAUAAAAUUGGAACUCAUCUUAUCAGAACAGGCAGCCAACCAUUGAGAGCAAUUGUCCAUGACACAGGGACAUCACUAGAUCAGGUGAAAAAAGCCCUGUGUGUCCUUAUCCAGCAUAACUUGGUAACAUACCAGAUACACAAACGGGGGGUUGUGGAAUAUGAAGCCCACUGCAGCCGGAUUCUGCGCAUCCUGCGGUAUCCCCGCUACAUCUAUACAGCCAAGACUUUGUACAGUGACACGGGAGAACUGAUUGUUGAGGAACUCCUGCUCAACGGGAAGAUGACCAUGUCGGCCGUGGUAAAGAAGGUGGCCGACCGACUCACGGAAACCAUGGAGGAUGGGAAAACAAUGGAUUAUUCCGAGGUAUCCAGCACAUUCUGCCGUCUAGCAGACACGCACUUUGUACAACGAUGCCCCCUUGUUCCUGAUCCCCCAGAAAGUGCUGACGCUCAGCCACCGCCACCCGCCCCGACACUCAGCAUUAACGAGAAGGAUAUGUACCUGGUUCCCAAACUGAACCUCGUAGGAAAAGGAAAGAGGAGGCGAUCAUCUGAUGACGAUGCAGCCGGGGAGCCAAGGCCUAAGCGGCCCAAACAGACAGCAGAGAGCAAAGAGCCCAUUCCAGAUGAUGGCAUUUACUGGCAAGCCGACCUGGACAGGUUCCACCAGCACUUCCGUGACCAGUCGAUUGUGAGCGCAGUAGCCAACAGAAUGGAUCAGACCAGCAGCGAGAUUGUCCGGACCAUGCUCCGGAUGAGUGAAAUCACAACUUCCUCCUGCGCUCCCUUCACGCAGCCCCUGUCUUCGAAUGAGAUCUUCAGAUCUCUCCCCGUUGGAUAUAACAUUUCAAAGCAAGUCCUUGAUCAGUAUCUGACUCUUCUGGCAGAUGACCCACUAGAGUUUGUUGGGAAAUCAGGAGACAGCGGUGGAGGAAUGUAUGUCAUCAACCUCCACAAGGCAUUGGCAUCACUGGCCAUGGCAACACUGGAGUCCAUUGUGCAGGAAAGGUUUGGGUCUCGCUGUGCCAGGAUAUUCCGGCUGGUUUUGCGGAAAAAGCACCUGGAGCAGAAGCAAGUGGAAGACUUUGCCAUGAUUCCUGCUAAAGAAGCAAAGGACAUGCUGUAUAAGCUGCUGUCAGAAAACCUUAUCUCCUUACAGGAGAUCCCUAAAACACCUGACCAUGCGCCGUCUCGAACCUUCUACCUGUAUACGGUGAAUUCCCUGUCUGCUGCCCGCAUGCUGCUGCGUCGCUGCUACAAGAGCAUUGCCAACUUGAUAGAAAGGCGGCAGUUUGAGACCAAAGAGAACAAGCGAUUGCUGGAGAAGUCCCAGCGGGUGGAAGCCAUCCUCGCAUCCAUGCAGGCCACAGGGGCCGAAGAGGCCCAGCUCCAGGAGAUCGAGGAGAUGAUCACGGCUCCCGAGCGCCAGCAGCUGGAGGGUCUGAAGCGCAACGUCAACAAGUUAGAUGCCAGCGAGAUCCAAGUGGAUGAAACCAUCUUUGUGCUGGAGUCAUACACAGAGAGUACCAUGAAAAGAGCCUGACUCAAGGGGAAAGCCUUCCUUGGAGGAGAGCAUGGGGAGGAAUAAAAGGCACAUUAGCUCUGCUCUUCCUA